AUUUUAUGCAGGGGUACAACCCUUCUCCAAUUUAUUGAAACGCGUAAACUCUGGUGACAAAUCACCAAAACUUUUUGUGUUCUUUUCAAUAAAUUUUGCCACAAAUUAAUUUCUAAAAUUCCACGGAUUUCAUUUAGUUUUCAAUUUUCCCCCCUUAUUUUCGUGUAAAAUUGUACAGUUCAUGAACAUCAAUUUUGCAGUGUAUAAAGUAAAACUUGAUAAGCACUUAAGAAAAAGCGAAACUUAAACAGGUGCUUUGGAAUUUUGCAGUUUUGUGGACACGAACUCGAUAUCGUGUAAAGAUAGUGAAAAUAUUCGAACUGCAAGCAAAAUGGUUGAUAAAUUCAUAAGUAUGUGGAAGGUACGCGAAUUGGCCGAUAAAGUAACCAAUGUCGUUAUGAAUUAUACGGAAAUCGAAGGAAAAGUGCGUGAAGCGACAAAUGAUGAUCCUUGGGGACCCACAGGACCUUUAAUGCAGGAAUUGGCUCAUGCAACUUUUUCAUAUGAAAGUUUUCCGGAAGUCAUGUCCAUGCUAUGGAAGCGCAUGCUACAAGACAAUAAAUCUAACUGGCGGCGAACGUAUAAGAGCUUACUACUGUUGAAUUAUUUAGUACGGAAUGGUUCAGAGCGUGUCGUGACAUCAUCUCGCGAACAUAUUUACGAUUUACGGUCGUUGGAAAACUACACAUUCACCGAUGAAGGUGGCAAGGAUCAGGGUAUUAACGUUAGGCAUAAGGUUAGAGAAUUAAUAGACUUUAUACAGGACGAUGAACGUUUACGCGAGGAGCGGAAAAAAGCAAAAAAGAAUAAGGAUAAAUAUAUAGGUAUGAGUAGCGAUGCAAUGGGCAUGCGAAGCAUGAGUGCGCAAAGUGGUGGUUAUAACGAUUGGCGUGCGCAGCGCAAUGAUUUCGGUGACAAUUGGUAUUCCGAUGCACGCGGGGGUGACCGAUACGAAGAUGAGGAUGCACAGUAUGAAGGCGAGCGGGAGUAUUCGGAUAGUGAUUCGCCGAGCCCUAGGAGAGCAAAUCGCUACAAUGAUCGUUCGAGCCCCGCUGAAUUUGGCAUAGAGGCCAAGCCAAAUUCUAUUAAUAUGAAUAUACGUCAAAAAUCCGCGCUUAACAACACUCCAUCUAGUAAUACAAGGCAGCCAACUGCAAAGCCAGUUGUUGGAAGUAAAAAAAUUGACAUGGGAGCUGCAGCAAACUUUGGUAAAAUGUCACCAAAUGCGGCGGGUAUACAUUCGCCUACUCAUCGAGAUACGCCCAUCAGUGGUGGGGAUGAUUUAAUUGGUAGCAACGGUAACGAUGGGGGUGACGUUGGGUCAAUAGAUAACAACAAUCUUAUAGGCGUACAGCAAAAUAUUAUUGGCGGCAAUAAUAAUAAUAACUUACUUGAUGAUAUAUUUAAAACCUGCCCAGCGCCGAACGAUAAAACUUUGACUAGUGCUGCCAUUACAAGCGAUGAUUUGGACGAUUUUAAUCCUCGUGCAAUCGAGUCGAAGCAGGCACAAGAAUUUGGUGAUUUUACCUCAGCCUUUGAUAGUGGAUCAUUGCCUGAAUUGCCUACGACGAACAUUGCGGGAGCUUCCGAUGAAUUUGCAGACUUCUCCGCAUUUCAAGGAAGUUUGGCUUCUAACACACUCAGAGCGCUGGACAAUAGUUUGUUGACAACGGCAACUCCAGCUAACGAUUCAUUUGAUUUAUUUAGUGGUACCUCAGCCACUUCUGCAGAAUCGGCGACGACUGGCGCUUCAACUACUACAGAUCUUUUAGCUGGUUUGGGAGACUUAUCUAUUCACCAAAGUAUGCCAAUGGUCGAGGAUGGCACAGAAGAGAGACUCAGAAUUAAGCCAAUACCUGUCAGCAUUAAAAAUACACUUAAACAUGCAAUUAAUACAAUCAAGUCUAUACCGAAAGUUACAUGCGCAGCAGAUGCAACGAAAAUUGCUAAAACAAUCGAGUAUUUGUUCAGAAGUGGCGCUCUUCCUGGAUAUUGCACGGCGGAGAAAAUUAUUGGUCUCGACAAGGAUGCCUUGGACUGGUCAGAAAUCGCCGCGUAUGAGUAUGCGGAAAUCCUGCAUAGCCUUAUAAAACUGUUUAGCCUCAAAUGGCCGGAUAUUCGAUCAUCAGAUAGUGAUGUGCAGAUUUUCAAUCUUUUUAGAGUUGACUGCAACUUUGCUUAUAUAUAUGAAACUUUUUAUUCGCUCAACAAAUAUCUGAAUAUCCUGGACGAAGAUGGGUCCACAACCCUAGUAUUUGUAUUGUCGGAGCUCGUCAAUGAUACUCAACUAUUACCUUUAACCAUUCUGCAUAUCUGUCGCGCUCAAUCAAUACUGACACAAGAGUUCAAAUGCGAAUUAAAGGCAUUGCCUACGCUAAAAUUCGAAGAAAUUAAUGCGGAUGUCACAGAAUUUUUGCAAAUUAUUAUUUCUCUACCGAAUAGGGUAGCUAAUAAAUUGGGUCAAAAACUUCCAGAUGCAUUUAUACCCAAAAGGUAUGCUCAUAAACUACUCAGGCAUUUACUUUGUGCUUUGAAUUUCAUCUUCAAGUGUGAAAACAUUUCGUGUUUUAACUUGGAAUUUUGCAGCCGACUAUUAAGUCGUAUAAUAACGAAUUUAUGUAAUACCAAAGAAGCUGACAGCAAGCUAUAUGAAUUUUUAAAAAUCGUCGACGAGUUUGCUAAGUUGUCAAGACCGCGUGUCGUAAUACAGAAAAUGUUUAAUGCAUUGGACUCAAAUGCUAUACAUAAAGCAGGGUUGGCUGUGUUGCUUACAGCGCCAGAUGUCGAUGUGUAUCGCUUGCUUGGUAAUGCUGUAGCCAAUUCAGACAACUGGCAAUAUUGUUUCACACAUACAUUGACGAUACAACGCACGCCGAGUUCCGAGCAUGCUCUCUGCGCCUUAGUCCGCUAUUUAGCAUUGAGCGAUCCUAAAUUGGUACAGGUAGUCUUCAAGCAAUUGCUUAGCGUUUGGUCGAAGCGUUCUACUUUGCAGAGACUAACAGAUAAGGAGCAUUUAACUUUUGGCAAAUUACUUAUAGCUACUGCUAAACAAUUAUUUGCCGAACAGAAAGACAGAAAGGUACACCUAUUAAAUGACAACGACUACAAACGUUAUCUCCAUGAUAUUUUACGUUUUCAUUUGGAAUGCGCCGACGUGGUUCAAAGGCAUAUUGGCAUGAAGGUGGUGGAAAUAAUAUUCAAUUACAUGGAAGAUCCACACACAAAAACGGAGGAUCGCUUGCAUUUCGAUUAUGAAGAUGUAUUAAAGUUGUCACGUGGCAGAUUGAUAACAGAACUUGAUAGUAUAGCAAAUAACUACAAAAUACCUAAAAAAGACGAUACCGUGGACGCAGAAGUCAAUUUGAAUAGAUUAACAAAUUUAUUAGAAAGUUUCACAAGUGAAACGAUUGAAAUAUCGAAAAUUGUUACACCGAACUCUCAGUCAAACCCCCUUUAUGUAAUUUUGAAAAGUGUUGAAAAAUCAACGAAAAUAAAAGAACUAGAUUCUGAUGAUGAUGAGGAAGAGUAUAAACCUUACGAUAUGUCUAACGACACGUCAAUCGUAACAGAAAAACGCCCCAAGUUUCUACCGGACUUGAUACACACUUUGAGCACAAAACCAGAUAAUUAUGAAGUAUUUGAGGCUGCCAUAUCUGCAGCAGAACAGUUGAUACGUUCACAAUUGUCGCAACAAGACUCCAGUCUCGCUAUUGACAUUUUGCGUAUUUUCGUACCACUUGAAAUGCAUUAUUAUUAUGAGGACUUCGAACGGACGAAAUUCAAAUGUGGCGUGGCAGUUUGUGUGUCUGUACCAGGGUCCUCUGCAAAGUAUCUAUGUCGGGAAUUUCACACCGAAAAUACAUGCUAUAAUGCCAAUUUGCGAAUUCUCAUGCUACAAAUAUUGGCUGCCGCUGCCAAAGAACUUUCCGGUAUAACAGGAGAAGCAGAAACUUUCGCGGAAACAGCACUCCUACCAACUCCAGCGAAACAUCCCCGCAAAUUCCACUUCGAUAAUGAACACGAAUCUCGUUUACUGACAGCUCAACGUAUAAUACGACAACGCCUCAAAGAGAAAACUAAGCGAUUUCACGGCAAGCACAAAACGUUGGACACAAAACCCGCAAAACUCAAUCGUUUCCACACUGUAGCAGGCAUAUUUUUCUUUUCGCUUGUUCGUGGUCCACGCACUCGACAGAUGUUGUACGUGAAGCCCGAUCACAUAGCGCACGAUAUUGAUACAUUAUUGUUGGUUAAUUUUCUACACACAUUAACUGUAUUUAUGUUGAGUGCCACGAAUUGUCCCCUUCUCCCCGUCAUCACUCAAGAAGUUUUUGAUUUGUGUUCAUUUGUGCGUUUCAGCGUUGAGACACGGGUUCGACUGGCCACAUUAGAACUUAUUGGUGCGACUUUGGUGACCACACCAGCAUAUGUUCUUAUGAAACAGUUUGGGGAGCGCGUUGCUGAAAUACAACAAUGGCUGGAAGAUUUAGUUAAAUCACCGCUAUUUGGGGGCGAAACUUCAGAAGAAUGUCGUGAUAUCGCUAAUCAAAUUUUGAGUACUUGCUAUAAAUUAUACUCGUCAGCGCAAAUUGAAUAAAAAUCAUUACAACUGUCGAAAUUAAAAUAUCAUAUAUGGAACGAAUAAAUUUCGUGAAAGCCUAUGUAAAUAAUUGUAUUUUUUUCUUCACCAAUAACAAAAAUUUUAAUAAACAGAAAAACGAGCUCUUAUACAAUAUUUUUAUACUUUCGGAACAUAUUUCAUAGAAUAUGAGUUUUAAGAUUAAUCGGAUAAAUCCAGCUAUGCAAUUUUUAGAUAUCUAUUUCAAUAUCUACGAUAAAAAGCUUUUCUAUGCAGAAAUACAAUCAUUGCCUUUGACAGGCAGCGAAAACUUUUGCUCUCACUUAGAUGUAACAAAUCAAUAAUAUUCACACAAUAGAACCCCAGAGAUCGCAGGAAAAAGAAAAAAGGAAGAAAGCAUUAUGAACCAUAACCGAUUGGCAUCAACUAUGAGAGCUUUAAUAUGUUUGCAAGUGUUAAGCGCAGUUAAAUAGGGAAAGCAAAAUUAUUGGAAAUACUUAAAUAUUUUGAAUAAAUCAUGUGUAAAUAUGUUUUUUAUAUAAAUUAACCAUAAUAUAUUUACAAGUAUGUAAUUGUACAUUUGUACAAUGGGAUUCAUGCAGAUAGUUUUGUUUAAAUGUUUAAAUUGACUAGAAACAGAAAACUUUUCUGAAUUCCAUACUACUUAUGUACAUACAUUUUAAAGUAUUUUGUAAAUUUAUUUUGAUUGUAUUUCUUAUUUGUUUUUGUCGUUUUUUUUUUGCUUAACGAUAAUAUUUUGGGAUUUUCCUUCAACACCUUGUAAUUGAAAAUUCUUUGUUUUAAUACAAAAAAUUUAUAAUAUUUUGCAUGUAUGUAUAAAUGAAAGCGUUUCUCAACAUACCCGGCAUCGUACCACCACGGACGCAUUAGACAAUAUCUUACCGCCUAUUUCAAGCAACAACAACAGCAAUUUACUCCAACCCAUAAGUGCUAGCAACAUACAACAGCAACAACUGGCUUUGGGCGAAUCAAUAAAUACAUCUACAACAGUUGGCGCACAAAAUGUUGGUGCCACUUGGUCCGAAAACUUGAAGACAGGUGAUCUGAAAAUUGAUCUAGACAACUUGUUGAACAGCAAAUCAAACAAGUCCAAUGUGCCAGCACCAUCGAUGAAUGCGCUAAAAACCCAGAGCCCCACGAAACACAUAGGCAGUGGUAGUGUUGGCAAUAAUAACGUGUCAUCGACAAUACAAACUUCUAGUUUUAGUGCGUUUGUCGGCGGCGGCAUUUCUCCAUUGACCAGCCCCGGUCUUGGUACGUCAAACGUUGUACAGAGUUCGGCAGGACUCCCAUCUGCCACAAUCGGCAUUCCAGGCGCCUUUUUUGCCCCAACAUCACAAAACAUUCCACCUCUAUCACAGCAAACAACAUCAACAACAGCUACACAAAUGUUUGCUAAUUUUAGUGCAAUGAAUUUAGAACAGCCACAACACCAAAAACGCGGAGGCAAUAACAACAAUAAUCAAGUACAAGCGCAUGGUUUUGAUAUAUUCCAAUGAUAUUUAAUAGCAUAAAUAAAUCACACACCGACAUACCUAUUAUGUACUGUAUAGUUCUGAAAAAAUUUACUUCUCUUGUUCUUGUUUUUAUUUUAAUGUUUUGUUUUGAUUCAUCCUUACGAUCCAACUGCAAUGUUAAUUAUUAAGAUUAUCCGUGUGCGCUGAUUUUUUGAAUGAGAAAAAGUAUUGCAAUUUUUGACUCAAGAAAUUCGUAAGCAAUUAAAAUUGAAUGUGUGCUUAAAUCGAUAUGCACAAAUGUUAUAAUGAUGUCUGUUAUAUAAAUGAGUGCAUUCGAUAUACAUACCUAUACAUUUAUAUGCAUAUAAGUAAAAUUUACUGCAUUCAAGGAGUGCGUUGCUGCCUCCAUUUUUGAGUUUUAUAUGUUAAUUAUUACAAUGAGUAUGCGUGUUACAUACAAUAGGAAAGUAUACAAUACUUAUACAAAUCUGCAAUGAAAUGUAAUACAUUGAAAACGUUAAAUAUUAUUAAACAUACAUUUGUAUUAGUGAAUAAAAUGAGUUAAUUGAAUAUACAAAAGAGAGUUAA